AUGAACGCCACAAUCAGCUUGCCUCCUACAGGUAUCAGAGAAGGAACUUUAGCACCUUGGAUCAUGUGGAGCAUCUGGAUGAGUAGAAACAACAAAAUCUUUAGCAACAGAUUCUUCACCGCUCGAGAAACCCUAGAUCUAGCGUUGUUAAGAGCUAGAGAAUGGCAAGAAGCGCAAGAGAUACCACGUACCAGCGGGCCAAAGAAGCGAAUCAACAGAAGCACAAUCCCAUCGAGUUUCAAGCGUUGCCAGACGGAUGGAGCGUGGAACGAGGAAGCGAAAGCAGGAGGAAUGGGUUGGGUAUUUUUGAACAACAAACAGCACCAGAUCACCAAGAAUUCAAUCGCUAAGAGGAACGUCGCUUCGCCGCUGAUUGCGGAAGGAUUGGCGAUCCGUCACGCUCUGAUUCAUGCGCUGGAUCUUAUUCCUUGCAUGUGGCUUCAGACUCACAGGUGCUCAUCAAGGCAAUCAAUUCCGGAAGCUGUACAUCGGAGAUCUAUGGUAUCCUUCAGGACAUAG